GCGACAUAGAGGUUCUUCAAAUUAAGCAACAUGGCGGACACAGCACCGACACUGACUGUUGGAGGCGACAGAACAACAGGACAAUCCGUUAGGACCCAGAAUGUUCUUGCUGCAAGUUCCAUUGCAAAUAUAGUCAAGAGCAGUCUUGGCCCAGUUGGUCUGGAUAAGAUGUUGGUUGAUGAUAUUGGAGAUGUCACCAUAACUAAUGAUGGAGCAACAAUUCUGAAGCUGUUAGAAGUGGAACAUCCAGCAGCUAAAGUCCUGGUCGAACUGGCUGAUCUUCAGGAUCAAGAAGUGGGAGAUGGUACCACCUCUGUUGUGAUCAUUGCUGCUGAACUGUUAAAGAAUGCUGAUGAAUUAGUGAAAUGUAGGAUCCACCCCACCUCUAUCAUCAGUGGAUACAGACUGGCAUGCAAAGAAGCUUGUAAAUACAUCCAGGAACACAUGACCAUUAAUGUUGAAGAAUUAGGAAGAGAUUGCAUCAUUAAUGCGGCCAAAACCAGCAUGUCCAGUAAAAUUAUAGGAGCUGAAUCUGAAUUCUUUUCUAAUAUGGUUGUGGAUGCAGCCAAUGCAAUCAAAACUCCAGAUGGUAAAGGGGGUUAUAAAUAUCCAAUCAAAGCUGUCAAUGUUCUAAAGGCUCAUGGAAAGAGUUCUAAAGAGAGCAUAAUGGUUCAAGGGUAUGCUCUCAACUGCACAGUGGCUUCUCAAGCAAUGGUAAAGAAAGUAGUUGGAGCCAAAAUAGCCUGCUUAGACUUCAGUUUACAAAAGGCAAAAAUGAAGAUGGGUGUUCAAGUCCUGAUAGAAAAUCCAGAUCAGUUAGAUGGAGUGCGACAAAGGGAGUAUGAUAUCACUAAGGAAAGAAUACAAAAGAUUUUGGCAGCUGGAGCCAAUGUUAUUCUGACCACUGGAGGAAUUGAUGACUUGUGUUUAAAGUAUUUUGUUGAAGCAGGAGCAAUGGCUGUCAGGCGAUGUAAAAAAGCAGAUCUCAAAAGGAUUGCCAAAGCUACUGGAGGUCAGUUUGUGAUGACCUUGGCUAACUUGGAGGGAGAGGAAUCUUUUGAUGCCUCCAUGUUGGGAAAUGCAGCAGAAGUUGUGCAAGAACGUAUUUGUGAUGAUGAACUUCUUCUCGUAAAGGGUCCUAAGGCUAGGACUGCAGCAUCUAUCAUAUUGAGAGGAGCUAAUGACUUCAUGUGUGAUGAGAUGGAGCGCUCUGUUCAUGAUGCUUUAUGUGUUGUUAAACGAGUCCUGGAGUCUAAAUCUGUUGUCCCAGGGGGUGGGGCAGUGGAAGCAGCAUUGUCUAUAUAUCUAGAAAAUUUUGCUACAUCAUUGGGUUCUAGGGAACAGCUAGCCAUAGCAGAGUUUGCACGAUCUUUGUUAGUAAUCCCUAAACAACUAGGUAUUAAUGCAGCUCAAGACUCCACUGACUUAGUCGCCAAGUUAAGGGCCUACCAUAACAUGUCCCAGACCAAACAGGAACACCGGGACCUCAGAUGGGUUGGAUUGGACCUGUAUCAAGGCACAGUGAGAGACAACAAGAAGGCCGGGGUAUUAGAACCAGCAAUGUCCAAAAUCAAGUCCCUUAAGUUUGCCACAGAGGCUGCAAUCACAAUUCUUAGAAUAGAUGAUAUGAUUAAACUUGUGGAUCAGAGUCAGGGCAGAGGUAAAACUUACCAAGAUGCCCUAAAUGCUGGAGAAUUGUAGAUUCAUGAACAAAAAUUGACUGAUUUUUGAUGAACAAGAAACCAUGAAUAUGUAUGUAUUUGAAUAAAUGUAAUUUAUCCUU